GGUUGCGUAAGAUAGGUUCUAUGUCGAAAACUAAUCCUGACGUGAUUCAUUAUCGGUGUAAAGUUGCGGAUGAUUGCAUGUCAAGUGAGAUGUGUCCGCUGAUGUGUUUGGGUUGUACCUGUGAUUCGAGAAUUUUGCAACCAUGGCACUCCCUUCGGCGGGCUUCAGAUUAUUGGCACCGCGAUCGUCGCAAUUGAAUCUGUGGCAUUAUAAUCUCGCCCGUUUUGAAAAAUGGCAUCGCGCUGCAUUGAUGGUCAUUAGCAUUUUUCGUGUGCCCGUCGUACCCUCGCUUUGUUACUUCCCUGGCCGCCGCCGUCGUGCACCGCGAGGACGCUGACGGCCGCCUCGGCGUCAGCCUCAGCAAGGCGCUGCCCAAGGCCGCCGUGCGCGCCUUCACCGAGAACCUGCAGCGCCUGGCGCCACGGAUCCUGCCCGCCCGCGAGCUCGCGCGCUUCGCGUCCCGCCUCCUUCUCCGCAAGCUCCUGCCAGGCCCCCCGCGCAACAAGCACGCCGGCUGCCCCAAGAUCGACUUCAAGGCCGGCGUGGACCACUUCUGCCUCCACCCCGGCGGGACGGUGGUGAUCGAGGCGGUGAGGAAGAGCCUGAGGCUCACCGCCCACGACGUGGAGCCGGCCGGGAUGACGCUUCACCGGUGGGGGAACACGUCCGCGAGCAGCCUUUGGUACGUGCUCUCCUACAUGGAGGCGAAGUGGAGGCUCAAGCGCGGGGACAGGGUGCUCAUGGUCACCUUCGGCUCCAGCUUCAAGUGCAACAGCUGCUACUGGGAGGUGACCAGGGACCUCGCCGACGCCGGCGCAUGGGAGGACUGCAUCGACCAGUACCCGCCGGAGACGCUCGUCAACCCCUACAUGGACAAGAGAGAUGAGGAAGACGACGGCCAGGGAAGGGAGAAUGGAAGACGCUCGAAGACGGCGGCCAGGGAAGUAACGGAGCGAACGGAGCGAGGGCACGACGGGCACACGAAAAAUGCUAAUGACCAUCAAUGCAGCACGAUGCCAUUUUUUAAAACGGCCGAGAUUAUAAUGCCACGGAUUCAAUUGCGACGAUCGUGGUGCCAAUAAUCUGAAGCCCGCCGAAGGGAGUGCCAUGGUUGCAAAAUUCUCCUGUGAUUCAUAUGCUUCUACUUGGCUGAAGUUUCAAUGGAGGCCAACAAUUCUGAAUAGUGUGGAGUGUAGGCACUUCAACCGAGUUUCGGUGAGAGAUGAGAUUGGAAUAAGCAUUAGGGUGAUGAUGCCGCUGCGUUAGGAAUUUAGGAGAGCACAUGCCUUCAUGCUGAUGGGCAGAUUGAUUCCAGCAUUCUUUUGUUAGGGUAGCAUUUGCCUUCAUGCCGAUGGGCAGAUUGAUUCCAGUAUUUUUUAUGGAUGAGCCUGCCUUCAUAUGUGCAAUAUCCAAAUGUAGACAUUGGCCAGGAGGGAGUUUGUUUCGGUUAUAUCAGGCUUUUUAUGCAA